AUGGUUCGAUUGAUAAUUUUUACUGUUUUACCAUUGUUCAUAUUCAGUAUAUUUAUUGUACGAACAAUUAUUGCAUUGAUUAUCGAUGAUAAUAGUGUUUGGUGUACAUGGAUAGGAUCAUUAUUCAAGCUUAUCGGUUUAAAACGUCAACCACCAGAAAUUGUCGGUUUACAUUAUGUACUUGAACAUAUUUAUUAUUGUUGUCGUCUUAUACAAUGUUUAAUUGAAAUAAUAUCACCAAUAUCAAUAUUAUUAUUGGGUAUAUUAACAUAUUCAAUGAUUGAUCCGAAUGAAAAUAAUUUUCAUCUAUUUUAUUAUUCAUAUUUUCUUUAUAAUAUACAUUUAUAUAGUAUAUUAAUAUUUGUUGCCUAUUGGAAUCAUUUAGGUUUAGCAUAUGCAUCACAAUAUUAUCUAUAUCUAAUUAUUGUUUGUAUUAUUAUGGAAUUUAAAAAUCGUUUUAAUCAAAAACAAUUGAAAAUUGCAACAAAAAAAUAUGAUCAAAUGAAUUUGAUUAGAAAUUUAAUGAAAAAUCGUAAACAACAAUCAAAUUUUUUUACAGAAAUUAAUCUUAUGAAUAGAUAUUUUAGUCAUUAUAUUAGCUACCUGUUUCUUAUUUAUACAUCAUUAUUUUGUCAAUUAUUAUUUGUUACAUUAAAAUCAACAAUAUUUUCAACAAAUUGGUUAUUUUUUGGUAUACUAUCAUUAUAUCCUGCAUUUGUUGUUUUAUCACUUUGUUUCGUAAUCGCUCGAUUGUUUCAACAAAUUUUCGAUUGUCAUAAAUAUUAUCAUUCAUUAAUGAGCCGUUAUCAAUUUCGUAUUAAUUACCGAAAUAAAUUACGUUUAAUAACGACAAUAAAUUUAAUUGAAAGUCGUUCAAUUGGAUUUUCAUUUUUAGAUCAAACAUAUAUUCAAUAUGGUACAAUUGUAACUAUUAUUUAUUUUACAGCAACACUUUUUCUUAAAAUUUAUGAUGUAAUGUAACAAAAGAAGAAUAUAAAUCGUUAUAUGAAAAAAAAUAUUGAUCUUUUCACUUUUUCAAAAAAAUGGUUCAUCACGAUAUUCCUCAAUGAAUUUCAUGUGAAUUUUUUUUGGAUUUC